CCACUAGACUCCCUCCACCCCUCCCAAUCCCUCCAACUACCCCGCGCGGUUGAUCGUCGCUAUGGAUCUCGUUAACCACCUCGAAGGCAGACUCCUUUUCGCUGUUCCUAAAAAGGGUCGGCUCCAACAGGCAACCUUGGACCUGCUUUCCGGCGUUGACAUCCAAUUCCGUCGCGAGACCCGCCUCGAUAUCGCCCUUGUGAAGAACCUCCCCAUCGCCCUCAUCUUCCUCCCCGCCGCAGAUAUUCCCACCUUCGUCGGCGAAGGUCGCGUCGACCUCGGUAUCACCGGUCGCGACCAGGUCGCUGAGCACGAUGCGCAGCUGGCGCACGGCGAGACUUCCGGCGUGGAGGAGAUCAUGGACCUUGGUUUCGGAGGCUGCAAGCUGCAGGUGCAGGUUCCAGAGAAGGGUGACAUCACCGAGGCCAAGCAAUUAGUCGGCCGUAACGUGGUCACCAGCUUCACGGCCCUCACUGAGGCAUUCUUUGCUAAGCUCGAGGGCAUCGAUGAUAGCAGCAAGCUCUCCACCAAGGUCAAGUAUGUUGGUGGCAGUGUUGAGGCUGCUUGCGCAUUGGGUGUCGCCGACGGCAUUGUCGACCUUGUUGAGUCCGGUGAAACUAUGAAGGCUGCUGGCCUUAAGGCCAUCGACACCGUUGUCGAGAGUACCUCUGUUCUCGUCAAGUCCCGGAACACCCAGAACCCUCUUGUCGAACUCAUCACCUCUCGUAUCCGUGGUGUCAUCACCGCCCAGAAGUACGUCCUGUGCCAGUACAACAUUCCUCGCUCUGAACUCUCCACUGCCGCCAGCAUCACACCGGGCAAGCGCGCCCCGACUGUGACCGCGCUCGAGGCAGACGGCUGGGUGGCCGUCAGCUCGAUGGUCGAGAAGAAGAAGAUCGCCACCGUGAUGGACGAGUUGACCAAGGUCGGCGCGACGGACAUCCUAGUCCUAAACAUUGCCAACUCCCGAACGGGUUAGAGGGGGCUUUUCAUUUUAUCAUGUCCUGUCAUGCCUUGGUUUAUUCUUUUUCGUUUCUUUUUGGCAUAAAGGCGUGUUUCAUAUUUCACCAUUUUGGUUCUUUUCAAAGGGGUUCUAUCUAUUUUUCUUUCUUUUGCUCAGAUUUCGGGACAGUUGUAUGAGAUGAAUAUAGAUUAUGUGGUUACGGUUCCCAAAAAAGAAAAAAAAAGUAACAGAUAGACUCAGGUUGUUUGUAUAUACAGGUUUCUAU